AUGAGGCAGAGAAUCACCUUCCUGCACAAGCCAGACGAUGCUCCUGACCCGUCCUCCCUGGUCGUCACUGACACCAGCCUUACAGGGCCAGACUUGUCUGCUGCUCGCGAGGACCGCAUCACCCUGGCCCUCGAGGAGCUGCCCGAGGAGCUGCGCCAGGUCUUACAGAGCUGCCAUGAGCUUCACAUAAGAUGGAUCAGCUCUCAUCACUACGACACCAUCAGCCCGCUCUACUCUCGCCUGUCGCCCGGCCUUCACGUAUUCUUCACCCCUCGCGCAGACUCGACCUUCCAGGAUGAUGAGCAGCUUUGUGCGGCUCUGAAGAAUGCAUUUGGUAAUCUGGACUGUGACACACCAAAGACUUCCUUCACCUCACUCCCAAGCGACCGCUUCUCCCACUCCACCGCCUUCCAGUACUACCAAGCUCUUGAGGAUCUCUCGGUUUUCACCAAAUAUGUCGGCAGGGAUCUCUGCCCCUUGCCAGAAUCUGCAACUUCGUCCACUGGCACGUCAUCAUGCGCCUCCCGCGUUGACCUGCUCUCCACCGCCAACUCCCUAGACAUCUCCUACGACACCAUCUCCCACGCCCUCAAGGUAACCGGCACGUGGGGUUUCCAGGGCCAGCCCCUGCGCGUGGUCGCGCCAGAGGCCAGCAACCACCGCGUCGAGGUCGGCAUCCUCGCCACGGACAAGCCCCACGGCAUAGAGCCGCACGAGCUGGGCCUGUCGGGCUCGCUCACCGUCCUCGGUCAGGACAAGAAGCCCGCCGCCACCAUCUUCAAGUUCCCCGCCCGCCACCGGCGCGUCGAGGGCGCCUCCUUCUCCGCCGCCUUCCUGCAGCCCGCCGGCCUCCACCCCACGCUGCAGCUCCAGCUCCACGGCGGCGCGGCGGCGCCGCCGGACCUAGGCGGGGAUGACGGCUCCUCCCACUGCUCGCUGCACGCCCACCUGACACUGCCGCGAGUCAUCUUCGCCGACAAGUACCAGCUGUCCGACUCGCUGUUUCUCGCCUCCAAGAACCUGACCGCCCUGCGCUACAUCUCGCAGCCUGUCGACCUCGAGGCGCCCGACUACGCCCUGAAGACCUGGGGAUCAGCCGCGCUGCUGGAGCUCGCCCCGCCGCCGCCGAAGACGACGGAGGAGAAGGCGGCCUGGACGGCAGGGGUACCGCUCCACCUCCGCUACCUCAGCCCCGCGUCCGGGGGAUACCGCACGGCGGAGUUGCCGCACCCUGCCGUGUUCUGGGCGUGCACGACCGAGGAGGGCACGAAGUUCCCCGCGAGCCCGUUCGAGCGCGUCAACCUGGGCUACGACGGGCUGUUCGGGCCGCGGACCGUCUUCUGGCACGUCGACCCGGUGGCGCCGGACGCGGCGGGCGCGAAGCUGCUCAGUGAGGUGCGCGUGCCAGUGCUGGACGUGGACAGGUCCGGCUGGGUCAGCGCCGGCACGGCCGCAGUGGUUCUGCUCGGCUUCGGGUGGGUCGCAUGGAAGCUUCUCGCCGUAUACCUGAGGACGGGCUAUGGGCCGCAGCAGCAGAUGGAGGGACUGGAGAAGAAGAAGCAGUAG